UAAACCCUCAAAUCCCCUCUUUCUCUCUCUAAAAUCCUCUCUCUCUCUCUACAAACCCCACUCAAACCCAUCGGCCGACCAUACACCAAACAUAACAGAAAAAGUCCAGUCAUAGUGUCCCUCUCUCUCUCUCUCUCUCUAUAUUCCCUUUUUUCUCUCUCUGAUUCUGGAAACCCAAAAGAUCAUUUGAGCCCCACCAUAAUGAAAAAUAUGUAGCCUUGAGCAAUUGCUUUCAAUCUUCAAUUUUUGCCCCAGAAAAAAAGAAGCAAAUUAAUUUGUGUCAACCCAUUUAAAAGGAUUUGUAGCAAAGCAGUACAUGGGAUUUUUGAUGUCAGGAUCAGAUCUCACUGUCGUCGCAUACAUAAUACUUUCUUGUGCCGUUUAGCCUGCUCUGUUCAUGUGAAUGGUGGCAGAUGCAUCUGGGGAUCCUAUGCUACUAUGUUGCUGGUUUUUGUUGAAGUUUUGGGGUGAGUAAAGUCAUCCUUUGAGGAUUGAACGUGAAGAAAGUUCGGGAGUGAGUAAAAUGAAUAGGAGGUGGUGUUCACAAUGGUGCUUCUUUAUUCAAAUGACUCACGUAGGUUGGGAAAGAUAUGUGGAAUUUGCUGUUUUCGAAAGAGUUGGUUCUGCUAAAAUUUAUGAAACUUGGAGCCUCUCUGGGUUUGGGAGAUUGGGUUUUUCCUAUGACCAGUAAUUUGGAGAGGGUUUGUGCUCGUUUUACUUCUUUUGACAUAUUUGGUGUUCGUUUUGUGUUGACAUAUAGUAGUGGUAGGACUUUGUUUCUAUCAGUUUUACUCUCUGAAAAUCAUUUCUAGCUUACGAAUGUGGGAACUGUUGUGUGAAUUUUGUCCUUUUCAAGGAAUGUAUACUCUUAUAAUGGUAUUGCUACCAGAAAUGUUUCAAAUUUCUAGGAAAUUUUUUGUAGUAGAUGCGCAUACAUAAAUCAUUGCACUGGUUCGUAUUUUGGGUCUUAUGUGGACCCAAAAAUGGUUGAAUGUCCCAUACUCAGGUUCAGCUUUACUGAGUAACUUGGUCUCCUAUGAUGAACGGGAAUGUCCUUGAUGCCCCUCUAAGGGAAGAUGACACUGGUAUUCAGGAUCAUCUCCGAAAUCAUGUGCAUUUAACAAAUUGCAUUCACUUGAAGAACCAUAUGCACAAAUAUAGCCCUGUAGAAAGCUUACUUAUGAGGGAACUUAUUGUCCUCCAAAGGUCUAAAUCACUGAGAGAUCCUUCCACUAGCCCUUCAUGGCAUUCUCCUUUCAUUGGCUCCUCAAGGAAGAGGUAUGGAAAGGAAGGGGCAAGUCAAGGUGGGCGUAGAUCUUUCGAGGCUGAAAGUAGGAGAGAUUUGAGAAGGAGUUCCAUCAAUUCAUCUCCUAUUGCUAGCGUAAGUAAUCUUGGUAGAUCUGGAGGAACAGAUGUGGAGUUUCCCAAGGAUAAUGGUGGUGGAGGGAACUUAGAUAGUUGGAACGAAGAGCUUAGAGUUAGGGAAAUAGGAAAACCUAAAGGAGGGGAAUGCUCGAGAGAUAAUAGAGUCCCCCAAAAGGGGGCUCAUACUGGCCACCAGAAGCAAUUAAUCGAUCACAUAAGAAAGCGAUCUUUGGCUAGUGAAGACGUGGGCUCUUCUCGAUUUGUUCCUCACACCAGACAUGGUAGAGAAGAGAAAAUCAUUGAAGAAGAAAAAACUGAAACAAGUUCAAGGGGUCAAAGUAAAGAAAAGACUCGCCCAGGCACUAGCGUAAACCGGAAUCAAAAAAGAAAGUUUAGAGGUGGGAAGAGAGGUCGGGCUCCUAUAGUACCAAGAGAUAGUGGUGACCAUCACGAGUUGUCUGUUGCUUCAAACUCGCUAGCUGCACAAAGUGGACAUGCAAAGUAUAUUGCAGGAUUCAAUAGAUUCGGAGGUGUUGAAAAUGUUGAAACUGAAGUCACUCAAGAUCCAAGAAAUGUGUGUGGAAUUCCUUGGAAUUGGUCUAGGAUUCACCAUAGGGGUAAAACCAUUUUGGACAAGGCAGGCAGGAGCCUUUCUUGUGGGAUUUCAGAUUCGAAACAAAGAAAGGUUGAUUAUCCUGCUCCACAAGAGGGACCCAGUUCUCAAAGGGAUGAUUUGAACAUUCUUGGUGCAUCUGCUUGCUCAAGUCCAUCCAUGAGAGAAGACUCUGAUGCCUUGCCUUUAUUGGUUGAGCCGUCUGGGUCACAUGGGAGCACUGAAACCGUUAUAUGGGGACAAAACUAUUCUGGGGAGCUUGGAAUUUAUGGUGGCAGUAGUAUGAACCGGAACGAAGACUCUGACCUUGCUUCAGAAGCUCGGUCAGGUCAUCGGUGCUCUUCGCGGGGACACCAUGAAGCUAUACAACAGCUUAAACAUGGAACAAGAGAGAGGCAUAGGAGUUUGACACAAAAAUAUAUGCCAAAGACUUUCAAGGAUGUAGUGGGGCAAAACUUGGUAUCCCAGGCUCUUUUGAAUGCUGUCAUCCAAAGGAAGAUCGGGUUUGUGUAUGUGUUUUAUGGGCCUCAUGGUACGGGGAAAACUUCAUGUGCUCGGGUAUUUGCUAGAGCUCUCAACUGUCAAUCUUCAGAUAAGUUUAAACCUUGCGGAAUGUGCAGUUCAUGCAUCGCACAUGAUAUGGGUAAGAAUGCAAGUAUUCGGGAAGUGGGCCCUAUUGGGAACCUUGAGUUUGAGAGUAUUAUGGAUCUUCUUGAGAGUAUGGUUAUACCUCAUCAUGCUUCUCAGUACAGGGUGUUCAUUGUUGAUGACUGUGAUACUUUGCCUGGUGAUUCUUGGGUUGCCCUAUCGAAGGCCAUUGACCGAGCACCUCGGAGGAUUGUUUUUAUUCUUAUCAGUACAACUCUUGAUCAUUUGCCACAUAACAUCAUAUCCAGGUGCCAGAAAUUCUUGUUUCCAAAGUUAAAAGAUGCUGAUAUUGUAUCUACUUUGCAGUGGAUUGCGAUCCAAGAAGAAUUGGAAGUUGAUAAGGAUGCACUGAAGCUUAUUGCUUCAAGGUCUGAUGGAUCUCUCAGAGAUGCAGAGAUGACCCUUGAUCAACUCAGUUUGCUUGGUCAGAGAAUCUCAGUUCGUUUGUUUCAAGAACUUGUUGGGUUGAUUUCAGAAGAGAAAUUGGUAGAUUUGCUUGAUUUGGCCUUAUCAGCAGACACUGUCAACACUGUAAAGAGUAUACGAGAGCUCAUGGAAGCAGGAGUUGAGCCAUUAGCUUUAAUGUCACAACUUGCAACAAUAAUAACCGAUAUUCUUGUUGGUAGUUACACGUUUACCAAAGAAAGGCUAAGAAGAAAGUUCUUUCGUCGUCCAACAUUGUCUAAAGAAGAAAUGGAAAGAUUACGUCAGGCCCUGAAAACUUUAUCCGAAGCUGAGAAACAGCUUCGAGUUUCAAAUGACAGGGUGACAUGGCUCACAGCUGCACUCCUUCAACUUGCACCCGAUCAACAAUAUGUGUUACCAAGUUCAUCUGGAGAGACAAGUUUCAGUCAUAGCCCAAUGCGGCAGCAUCAGACAAGUGAGAGAGACUUAUCUGGAAGACCUGAUAGGAGCCAUGCCGUAGUAACUCAUAAUGGGAGGGGUCUAACACCAAAUGGUGGAAAGAUGCAUGUUGGCAUGGAUGGUGGAAGAAGUGGGUUUUCUACUGACAUUACUAAAGUAAGUGGGGGACAGUUUCCAGGUAAUGGUAGCGGGAAAGGGACUAGAGAAAUUUGGGAAAGUGCUUUGGAGAAGAUUCAGUCAAAUACUCUAAAGCAAUUUAUGGUCAGAGAAGGAAAGCUGGUCUCGGUCAGCUUUGGAGCAGCUCCAACUGCGCAGUUAGUGUUCAGCUCCCAUGUAAACAAAGCAAAGGCGGAAAAGCUCAGAAUGUACAUACUACAAGCAUUCGAGGCUGUUCUUGGCUCCCCUGUCACAAUAGAAAUCAGAUGCGAACCUAAGAAAGACAUAGCCUCAUAUACUGAAAUUCCACUAGGCUUGUCACCUUUGGGGAAUAACAGUGCUGGUCAGUUGGUCUUACGACCUGAAUUAUCUUCUGGGAAUAGAAUAUCGAAACCAGAACAGCUUUCAAAAGAAAGAGUUGGUGAAGGAACUAGCUCCUCACAAAUUGGAAAGCUGCAUUCUUCCUACCCAGAGAAUUUAAAUUCGAGGAACGAAAUUGUUGAGUUAGUAUCUACUCCUCGAAGAACUGAGGACAAAGCUCUUACAGAAGAUCUUGGAAAGUUGGAUGAUAAGCGGCUAGAAAUUGCGUGGGUACAAGAAGAGAUACUUAAUUCUCAAUCUUCCUUUGACCCUUGUUUACGUGAAAGGAAAAGAACUACAGGGCAACCCCAAAAUCAAAGCCUUGUUAGAGGCCGAGUCUCCCUUGCACAUGUUAUUCAGCAGGCAGAAGGCACUGGAUGGUCCAAGCGCAAAGGAGUUUCGAUUGCUGAAAAGCUUGAACAGGAUAAUUUGAGAUUGGAGCCUAGUUCAAGGAGCUUGCUUUGCUGGAAGACUUCUCGAGUCAAAAGAGGGAAGCUACCGCAUUUGAGGCAUAGAACUCGGGGUUCACGAUUGCUUCGCAGGCUUGCCCCAUGUGCUAGAUGCCCAUGUCCCAGAUCUCCCCGGUAGCUGCCUUUGUAUUUUUAUUACUCUAAACCCCUUCCACUUCCAUUGUCGCCUCCCCGGUAGCUGCCUUUGUAUUUUUAUUACUCUAAACCCCUUCCACUUUCAUUCCCCCCCCCCCCACCCCUUUCCUUUACUCUUCUUCAUAAUUUUCAUUGCCAUUGCCAUUGUUGCACUUUUCUUAUUAUUCCUGCUCCUCUCAUUGUAGCAAGCAGAGCAGGUCCCUUCUAAUAAAGGAAAUGGGUAUUUCUCAUU